GCUUGUCAGUAGACAAGGCAGUGGAUGCGCUACAGUGGUGAAGGGUGUGUUUAUGUGUGGUUGUGCUGUUGUGCACUUGAGUUCUGAGAAGUAAAUUCGGCGCAGAGAGGAACUGAAUGUCACAAAAUUAUACUGACAGAAAUCGCCAGUCCCUCAUCAUAAGCGGCAAAACCAAAACUACAGUACCAUUCAGCUGAACCAACUGUUAACAGAAUCAAGAGGCAUCAUGAAUUCAAACCCAGAGUCAGACUAUGAAUAUGAUUACUCUCCCACCCCGAGUACGACUCCAGCAACUUGCACGGAUGCAUUGUGUGUUUUCUUAGCAAUAGCCACUGUGGUCAUCUUUGUCCUGGGUGUCGCUGGAAAUGGUUUGGUGAUCUGGAUGGCAGGGUUUAAGAUGAAGAAGUCAGUCAACACCACCUGGUACCUGAGUCUGGCCGUAUCUGACUUCCUGUUCUGCUCCUUCCUGCCCAUCAGUGUGGCUUAUAUGGUCAAAAAGGACUGGGUCUUUGGACUCUUCAUGUGCAAGUUCACUUCCUUCAUCCUGUUCCUCAACAUGUUCAGCAGCAUCUUCCUCCUCGUCAUCAUCAGUGUGGACCGCUGUGUGGUCGUUAUGUUUCCUGUGUGGGCUCAGAACAAGCGCACCAUAAGAAAGGCCGCUGCGGUGGUCAUGCUAGCCUGGAUCAUCGCAGCAGCGUUUAGUUCACCAUUAGCUGUUUUCCGAGACAUUCAUUAUGAUGCACACGAGGAGAGAAAUAUCUGUUACAACAACUACACAUCUGACCAGCAGCAUGCUGCUGUGGUGUUCUGCCGCUUCGUUUUUGGGUUUCUGAUGCCGUUCCUCAUCAUUAUCUUCUGUUACAUUGUCAUCAUACAAAAGUUGAAGCUCAACCAGUCGGCAAGGUCCAAAAAGCCAAUCAAGAUCAUGACAGCACUGAUUGCUGCUUUCCUCAUUUGCUGGCUUCCUUUUCAUACUUUUGCUUUGAUGGAACUAAACCACCACAAAUACGAGAGUAUUCUCCCUACUGGAUUGGUAAUUGGCGCCACCUUUGCCAGUGCUAACAGCUGUCUGAACCCGUUUCUUUAUGCAUUCAUGGGGAAGGACUUUAAGAGGAAAUGUUACGCGCUUCUGUCAAAGAUCGAGAACGCAAUCGAGGAGGAGGGCAGGAGCACAGUCCGAGGAACAUCCAUUACCACGUCUGGAGAAGGCAGACUUUCAACUGUUGUUUGAAAUCAUCAGUGACAUUCGAAAGAAAGAAAAAGAGCACUGAAACAAUCAGUCCAACUGCCAGCUCAGUAUGAAAAAGGAACGAGUAGGAGAUUUUACAGUGUAUGUAUCGUUGAUCCAUUGAAAACUGUCUCAGUUAAUCUAUGCUAUAAAGGGUCUCUGUGUUCAGACCAACACCCUCAAAUGGAUAAGCUUUUACUCAAAGAUAGCCCAGCCAAUUCAGGGCUUUGUGAAAGAUACUUAAACUGUUUUUUCUCCUACAAAAGCUUUUAAAUCUUUUCACAGUCAUAACAAUGCUUUAUUUUGACUGGUACCAUUUGACGACUUCAUCCACAUUUCACCUUCCAUUUCAGUUUAUUUCUUGUUUUUGUCUCAAGGAAAGCACAAUAUUGUUAAGGCAGAUCUUUGCCUCCUAUCUAGAUGUUCAAUCCAUCUCCAUAUCUGUUCUGACCUGUGAGAGGCUCUUAUGCUCAUGCCCAUUGUGUACUGUUGUUGACAUGAAAACAUGACUGCACCAGUCUCUGUAGAUUACAGCUCAUCUCUUCUUGCACAAUUCAGGUUAGACAUUCUCCAGCCCUUCAUUUAAGGUCAGUUACUGACCACAGAGCUGCUGUUCUGAGGUAUUUCUGGAUGUGUGCUCAAUUUCCAACUAUAGCAGUAGCAUUAACUGGUGCAGUCCUGUGGUCUGAACUAACCAAUGAGGAAAUUAUGCAGCAACCGAUGAUCUAUAAGCUGUAAAUAUACAUUUAUAUAUAGGAGAUAUAAGGUAUGAGCUCUUAAAGUGGGCAGAGAGUGGGACUACAAAGUAGGUGUUUCUAAUAAAUUGGUCACUGAGCGGAAAUACAAGGUAGGUGUUUCUAUUAUAGUGGCCAGAUCUACAAAGAUGGUGUUUCAAAUGAAGUGGCCAGUGAGGGAAAGUACAAAGUAGGUGUUUCUAAUAAAGUGGCCAGUGAGUGGACGUACAAAGCACUUGUUUCUAAUAAAGUGGCCAGCAUGUAUAGACCUCAGUUCUAUUAAUGCAGAUUGUCAUAGACCAUAGUGUCCAAAUGACCAGAAAUAUUCAUUUAGAUACAAAGUAAUAGCAGGGCUGUUUUUAGAGCUGUUGAGAGCAAAUCUUAACAUUCAUGCUGCAACAGGGUGCUUUAUUAGGCCACAUAUCAGUAAGAGAAUGAGUCUCCCAAAGUUAGUGUGUGAAAAACAGUAAAACGGUAAAAAUUGAUUAAAAACACAUUAAAUAUGUUAUUCUCAGGAGUGUUUACUUUUAAACACUGUGCACAGGCUAAAAUCUAAAAAUCUUUCUGAAAACGUCUUGUAAAUUUGACUGAGGCUGCUUCAAAGCAUCUUGUAUUAUGUUUUCUUGUUUUUUCAGAUUGUCACAAUAAUUCAUGAUUACUGUCUCCUGUUCCAUCGCUUAAAACUAGCUUUCAAAAAGCUCUGCAAGUUAGCAUGUUUGAAUGUAAAUAGACCAAUUUCUAUUGAAGGUUUUUGCACGUUUUUAUUUUUUGAUUUGUGUCAAUAAUAAUGAGGUUAUCGGUGCUACUGUAUUUUGUACACCUUUAAACUCUUUGUAAUGAAUUAUUUCUGCAACAUUUCGAUGCAAUUUGUGUAGCACUUUUUUCCAGACUUAGAUAGUAACAUAACACAUGUAAUGGCAUUAUGUAAUCAGGGUAUAGAUCAAUAAAUUACAACAGAUAAAUUACAGAUCGUAGAUACUUUGUAAAAAUAGAGGGUACUAGCUGGAUUAUGUCAUUAAAUUUACUCUUACAGCAA